GUUAAGGGCGUAUUGAAGAAAUUAAAAUGGCAGUUGAACCAACUGUGGUGUGUCAUUUAAGCAAAAACAAGCAUAACGAUUUAUAUUACCAGCUCCCAUAAUUUCCUUUCUGAAGGGUGGGUGAGGGAGAGGCUUGGUGAGAGGAAUCCUGGGAGGGACACAGAAACUUUCCAGAUACAGCAGCUGUAGUGCAGAUCAUUCUUCUUUCCAAAAACAUAAACUUGUGCAAUGGCAUCAGUGUGGGCUGGCCAGAGAGGAACAAUUAAAGCAUAUUCCAACUUCAGUGCAGCAGCAGAUGUCAAAGCUCUUCGGAAUGCGAUUGAAGGCAUUGGCACCACAGAAUCUGUUGUGAUUGAUACUAUAACGCAGAGAAGUAAUGCUCAGCGUCAGAUUAUCCUUAAAGAAUACAAAGAAGCCACUGGAAGGAACCUAAUAGAUGACCUAAAAGGAGACCUAUGUGGUGACUUUGAAAAUGUUAUGGUUGGGUUGAUGAUGCAUCCGGCAGCCUUUGAUGCCAGCAAAAUAAAAGGAGCACUCAAAGGGCCUGGAACCACAGAAAGUACAUUAAUAGAAAUCCUUGCCUCCAGAACUAAUCUGCAGAUAAAGGAGCUUGCCGAAGCAUACCAGGCGGAAAACCAGAGAAGCCUGACUGAUGACCUUACUUCGGAUAUAUCUGGGGAGUUCGGGAAAGCAAUGCUUAUUUUGUUGCAGGGCAAACGGGAUGAAAGCAUCAAUUUCAAUCAAGAGCAGGCUAAAGUAGAUGCAAAGGCCCUUUAUGAUGCUGGGGAGAAGAAAUGGGGGACAGAUGAAAGCAAAUUUAUUGAUAUCCUGUGCAAAAGGAGCAUCCCACAAUUAAGAAAAACAUUCGAUGAGUACAAAAUUGUGAGCAAGACGAAUAUCGUGGAGAGCAUAAAAGGAGAAAUGUCUGGCAACCUAGAGGACCUGCUGGUGGCUGUUGUGAAAUGUGUGGUCAACACUCCAGCCUACUUUGCUGAGAGACUCUACAAGAGUAUGACGGGUGGAGGCACAGAUGAGGCCACUCUCAGCAGAAUAAUGAUUUCCAGGUCUGAAAUUGACUUGCUGGACAUUCGUGCUGAAUACAAAAAACUGUUUGGCUAUUCCCUGCACUCCAGCAUCAAGUCUGAAGUUUCUGGAGACUAUUGUACAUGUCUGCUGAAGAUCUGCGGAGAUGAGGACUAAAUUUCUAAAUGGAUUGCUUUUUCCCUUAGAAUAUGUUGCUGUUAUUGCAUUCAAGAUUGGGAUGUAUUGCAUCUGAACACCUCUGUCCUAAUUCCUUUCUCAGCUUGUUUUGCAAGGUGAAAACCAUACCCAGCUUGUAUUUUGUGACAAAAGAAGCAACAAUCUACUGUAUGUUAGUGACUCAUUAAAAUGUAAUGAUAAGCAUAGAAUCUGGCUUUUUUUAUAUGUUAAUCUGUCCAUAUGGAAUUAUUUACCAUUCUUACUUAAGCAGGUGAUGAACCUUGAACCAUUCAAGUGUGCUGUGUUAAAAUCUGAAAGCAAGGGGCCAGCUAGCUUACUUGUUUUCCUCUGUUUUUUUUUCUUACCAGUAGGUGGAACUGUUGUAUAUUAAGUUACACUGAUAUGGUUAAUUCAGUCCAACAGCCAAAACCUUCAAUAUUAACAAAGCAUUCAGCAAGUGACAAGAAAGCAAAUGUAGUACACAAACAGCAAAGGGAGGGAAACCACUCAGACCUAUUGUAAGUUUAAGGUAAGGGAGCGUUUUUGAAAGCUAUAGAGAUAGAAGUCACUUGCUGAUUUUAGAGUGUAAAUUAUUAGCACCUUUGCUGUUGACCCAUUCCCCCUUCCAACACUUCUGGUUUGUUCUUUUUUUAUUUAUUUGUACUGUAGAGGUUUAUUGAGAGUCAUUACAAGCCUCUGCAAUGUUUACUCAUUUGAUAGUGAUUACACUGCAGAGUCGUCCUCGACAGACAGGUGCACUUUGUCCGCCUUUCUAGCUGCAUCGCUAAUUAAUCCGGCCAUUAUCUCCAUUGUGGAUAGUUUAGAAUAAACAGUAGAAGAAAACUUGUGUUUUGAGUGUAAACUGUGCAUUGGUUUUCUUAUUCUCCAACCAUCUGUAUAUUUUAAGGUCAUGGUUUGUUCUGUACCAAUAGAUCUGUUUAAUGAUUUUAUAUAGACGUUUGUAAAAUGUUUCUGUAUCAUAGUGGUAACACUGGCAUAUUUCUGGAUCAUCUAAUUUACAAUGUUCAUGUUACGAAAGAUAGACGCGCAUUUUGCAACAGACUUGUUCAAAUUAUCCUUUUGUCAGACAGGUGAUAUUCUUCCUCAGUGACUAAGGAGCAGUGAGAAAAGUCCCAUUUUUUUAUUUUAGUUGUCUAAGUUUUUAUGUUCUUAUGUGAGUGCAAAGCUUAAGAAAAAAAAAUGAGUAAACGGUUUCACUUCCUGUGUGUGUGUUUUCCGCUGUGCACACUGUCUAAUCUCUCUGAACCUCCAAAGUCAAUUGUUUUAUAUACUGUAAUCAUUUUACUGUGAAAGUUUUGGAAAUUUCAGAAAAUUGCCAGAGAAUAAGAUAUUCUUUGGCAGUUUAAAAAAAAAAAAACCCCACUUGAAAACACAUCUUUGAUUCAUUAACACAGGAGGAAAGCAAAUGAAUACUGUUUACCAAUACAAUUCAAGCUUUUCUGCUCAACUGUUAUCUUCAUUACUGUCAUUAACAUUUAUUUGUAAAGUUGAAUGGAAAAUAAAACGCCACCAGUGGUUGUGGGGUUGGUCCCCGAGGGGCUCAUCCAGUUAAAGUGCUGCCACUGGGAGUGCAGGAUGUUACACAGCUUGGGCGGCAUCAGUUUGUAUCCAGGCUCUGCAAACAGGCCGAACUUUGC